CACUCAAUCACCACGAAAAAAUCCGCAAUAAGUACUUUACCUUUUUGCCCUCCGUCUCCAUUAAUGGAGGCAUUAAUGCAACCAUCUGCUUUAUUUUAGAUCUCUCUUCCAAGCAAGAGAUCUCAAUCUAACAGAGAUCUCUCUCAGAUCAACAAUGGGAUAUCUACCACCGCAACACCUCGACUUCUCCUCCGCCAAUAACGGCAACGACCACCAUCAAGACAUCUCCAAAGACAACCUCCUCACCCUCUUCAAAUCCCAACAAGAUCUCCUCAACCACUUCUUCAAACACCUCGACCUCUCCCAAACCCUCUCCUUCUCCCGCCUCCUCCUCUCCACCUCCGGCACCGUCUUCUUCACCGGCGUCGGAAAAUCCGCCUUCGUCGCCAACAAAAUCUCCCAAACCCUCAUCUCCCUAAGCUUCCGCUCCUCCUUCCUCUCCCCUCUCGACGCCCUCCACGGCGACAUCGGCGCCCUCUCCUCCCGCGACGUCCUCGUUCUCUUCAGCAAAUCGGGCUCCACGGAGGAGCUUCUCCGCCUCGUCCCCUGCGCGAAGGCGAGAGGAACGUUCUUGGUCUCUCUCACCUCCGUUCCUGGGAAUCCGCUCGCGGGAGUUUGCGAUAUGAAUGUGCAUUUGCCGUUGGAGAGGGAGUUGUGUCCGUUUAAUCUUGCUCCCGUGACGUCUACGGCGAUUCAGAUGGUGUUUGGUGAUACGGUUGCGGUUGCGCUCAUGGCGGCUAGGAAUCUGUCGAAGGAAGAGUAUGGAGCUAAUCAUCCUGCUGGUAGGAUCGGCAAGAGCUUGAUUUUUAAGGUAAAGGAUGUUAUGAAGAAGAAAGAAGAGCUUCCAGUUUGUAAAGAAGGAGACUUGAUAAUGGAUCAGUUAGUUGAGCUAACCAGCAAAGGAUGUGGGUGUUUGCUUGUGGUUGAUGAACAUCAUCGCUUGAUCGGUACAUUCACAGAUGGAGAUCUUCGCAGGACUCUUAAGGCAAGUGGAGAGGCUAUCUUCAAACUCAGUGUUGGAGAAAUGUGCAACAGGAAGCCGAGGACAAUUGGACCGGAAACAAUGGCUGUUGAAGCGAUGAAGAAGAUGGAGUCACCGCCAUCGCCUGUACAGUUUCUACCGGUGGUCAAUGAAGACAACACCUUGAUUGGAAUUGUAACGUUGCAUGGUUUGGUUUCAGCUGGCCUCUGAAUACGAAGCUGCCUCUGUGUCCGAGUUUAUACACAUAAGUUCAUUCUUUUUACGUUGGUGAUGUUCACAGCGAGUGAACUAUUGUAUUUGUGUCUAUUAGUACCCCCCAUGUAUUGUACCCUCUUACCAUUUGCGCAAAGGAUGUGUAUAUAAGAGGUUACUUACUAUAUAUUUGUCCCCUCAUACCUUUAAGCUCUCUACUCUUGCUUUCAUGCAUGCCUUAUAAAGCUACCGAAAGAUCUUUCCUUGAGUGCACAUAAUACCAUGAAUCAUCUUCUGUUGUGGUUACAGGUUGAACAGAAAAUGGCUGAAGAAACUAAGGCACUACAGUUUUGGUUUUUGGCCCAUUUGUAUAGAGCGGUUUGUUACAAUGAUAUGAGAAAAUUUAAUGUAGUGAUUCCAAACAUUUGAAACUAUGGUGGUUUCAAAAUUUCUUUUAAUAUUUUUAUUACUUGUAAGUUGUAACUAAUAAUGCUGUAGGAUUAAUUUUCAUUUAUGUACUUUAGAUUUUAU